UAGGGCAAGUUUCAGACGACACAAUCUGCUUCGACACUCAGCAGGGCGCAGCCUCCGCUAUCGCCUUAGGUGACAGGGUAUGUUCAUCCUCUCUCUCUUGGGAAGCGGAGGAUCGGCUCAACGUAGAGGAGCCGGAUCCAAGCCGGAGAGGCAGAUUGUAAAUAUAACACAAACAAACAGUGAAAAGAACAAGGAACAGAAACUAGUACUAGUAUGGUAGUGUCUUCUUCCUUCACUUUCUCUGCAACAUCAAUGGCGAUCCACAAAUCCCCAAAGAACAGACAAAAAUCAAGAUCCCCAAUUCUCAUACUCACGAUCUCCGUCGCUGCAAUUGCCAUCUUGUAUCUAUUUUCCUCUUUGCUUUCAACCACUGGAGUCUCGUAUUCCACUUCAAAAAACCUAGAAAACUUGGUGGUGAAGUCCAACAACCAUGAGAGACAACAUAAUGAGGAUGAAAAGUACCUGUAUUGGGGCGAAAGGAUUGAUUGUCCCGGAAAGCACUGCGAAUCUUGUGAGGGUUUGGGUCACCAAGAGUCCAGCCUUAGGUGUGCCCUUGAAGAGGCCAUGUUUCUACAGAGAACUUUUGUGAUGCCUUCUAGGAUGUGUAUCAAUCCAAUACACAAUAAAAAGGGGAUUCUGCACAAGGCUGAUAGUGCAAAUUCAGAGGAAAAGUGGGCAGCUAGUUCUUGUGCCAUGGAUUCUUUUUAUGAUCUGGACUUAAUGUCCAACACUGUACCUGUAAUUUUGGACAAUUCAAAACUGUGGCAUCAGGUUCUAUCAACAAGUAUGAAAUUAGGUGCUAGAGGGGUUGCCCAUGUAAAAGGAGUUAGUCGGAAUGAUCUCAAAGAGAAAAGUAAAUACUCAAAUAUUUUGCUCAUAAAUCGAACUGCAAGUCCUCUUUCAUGGUUUAUGGAGUGCAAGGAUCGAAACAACCGUAGUGCUAUUAUGUUGCCAUAUUCAUUUCUUCCUUCAAUGGCUGCCAAGAAACUGCGAGAUGCAGCAGAAAAGAUCAAAGUACUCCUUGGUGAUUAUGAUGCUAUCCAUGUUCGUCGAGGUGAUAAAUUGAAAACUAGGAAGGAUAGAUUAGGGGUUGAGAGGACCCUACAUCCUCAUCUAGACAGAGACACACAUCCAGAAUUUAUGAUCUGUAGAAUUGCAAAAUGGGUCCCGCCAGGACGAACUGUUUUCAUUGCUUCAAAUGAGAGGACACCGAAUUUCUUUUCACCUCUAUCUGUGAGGUACAAAUUGGCAUAUUCAUUGAAUUAUAGCAGUAUCUUGGAUCCGUUGGUUGAGAAUAAUUACCAACUGUUCAUGAUAGAAAGGCUUAUAAUGAUGGGAGCCAAAAUAUUCAUCAGAACAUUCAAGGAAGAUGAUACUGAUCUCAGCCUUACUGAUGAUCCAAAGAAAAACACCAAGGCAUGGCAAAUACCUGUUUAUACCAGGGAUGAAACAGAAUGCUGACUUCACUUUCUUUAAAGGCUUCAAUUUCUUCCUUGGGUUCUGGCCUUAUGGCUUUCCCGUGGUGAUUGAUUUAUUCUCUUGCUUUUAUUACUGCACUUCUUCAAAAUUAUAGAACAAAUGCUACUUUGGGGAUCAGAAUCUUGUAGCUGUGCACGAGGAGGAGAGGUGAUAGCUUUGCCCCAUGUGGUAAAUCAUGGCCUGAAUCACAGUACGAGAUUCUUCGUAGUCCACAAAUACAGAAAAUUUGAGCAGCCCAAUUAUUUGAUUUUUUUGGCUAUUUGUGUGCCUGAUAAUAACGUAAUUGAAUAUAUUUCGGAUAUUCAGACACGAGAAGAUGCAAUUAUAAUUUAGAGCUGUUCUGUUUGGAUCGUGAGGAGGUUUUGUUGGCUGUUGCAACCGUCAUUCGCUUCAGGAAGACUGGUGAUAUCAUUGACCUGCAAUCUGGUUCAUGUUAUAUAUAUAUUACUUGUAUAUUUUGUUUUUAAAAUCAGUGUCCAUUAUUGAUUACAAUUAGGUAACUUUUGCAACUGUAGUGUAAAAGAAAAUAUUGGGUUUAUUUAAAGUAAUCAUAUGGAUAUGUAAUUUAAUAACGGUUGUGAAAGGGUUGAUUCUUAUAUAAUUCUGAUUACAUUUUUGUGAAGGCCAACAA